GAUGGGUGUGUUUGGAACAGCCACCGCCUGGCCCCCACCCACUGUCACGGUGAUGGCCCUGGGUUUUGACAGCGGAUUGCCAGUUACAGAAAGAAUAUAUAGGAGUCUGUCGUGAUAAAUCUUGGGUCUCUGUUCUAACAGAUCGGCUGCAGGUCUUUCUCCGGGCUUCCCGGGAGGUGUUACUUCCCCCUCUGCCGCCUGCUGCUGCUGCUCCGUGUGGACCUCUGAGGAUAUGGCUAAGAGAGCUGCUGCAACCUUGUUCCUCACCGUCGCCUUCUUCCAAAUGGCCCUUUGCCAGGAUGCGGAAAAGAAGACGCUCCACUGUUACUACUGCAGCUACGAGGAAGCCUGCGCGGAGACCCCGACGCAGUGCCAGGAAGGAGAGAAAUGCGGCAUUAUGUUGGGGCAUUCAGAUUAUAAAGUGCACGACUCCUUCUUCGGAAAGGGCUGCGUCUCGGCCUCGAAGUGCGGCAAUCAAGAAAGGAUCACCUACUGGAACAACCCAUUCCGCGUGUCCUACUCCUGCUGUGACACUGAUUACUGCAACAAGGACGUCGUCGGGGUAGACCACAAGGUCAUCACUGCGGCAGGCCACACCUCCGUCCCUACCCAUCUCCCCUGGCUCUUGGCAGCCACUCUCCUGGCUGCCCUACCCGCCUUCCUCUCCUGAGAACUAGGAUCUGCCUCUUUUCUGAAGCGGGUGGCCACCAGGCCUGACCGAGCUCUGCCAUACACACAGCUUUGGUCAAGAAACCACCAUAAAGAGAAAGAGAUCCUGUUGCCCUCCUGGCAGGUCCUGGUCAACAGUACAGUUCCAAACAGUCAAAACACAUCGAAGUCAACUAUAUAUCAAAGUUGAUGGGCUUAGAAAGGUGGAGCUCAGCUUAGGACUGCUUUGUGAGACAUGCUGAGGUUCUAAGCAAUGUCAAGCUUAAGUAGCUCCACACUAUUAUUUUUAAAAUAGCAAUUUAGUUUCUGGGGGGGGCAUUUAGAGACCCCCUCCUGAUCUGAGGCCCUAAACUGUAGUUUACUUAGCUUGUGCCUAAAUCCGGCUCUACAUACUGGCUGUGCCCCGACCUGGAUAGCCCAGGCUAACCCGAUCUCGUCAGAUUUUGGAGGCUAAGCUGGUUCAGCCCUGGUUAGUACUUGGAAGGCAGACCCCUUUCAGAGUCCAGAGUUGCUGCACUGAGCCCAGGAACAGCGAACCACCUCUGAACAUCUCAUGCCUUGACUAUUUCGUGGGGUCACCCUAAGUCAGCUGCAAGC